CAGGGUCGAGGGUAUAAAUGCAGCGGGGCGCGUGCCACGGUACGUCAUUCGCCAAGCCGCCGUCACCGCCGACACAUCCCGCGCCAUGUUCAAGCUGGUGAUCGCCUGUUGCCUGCUGGGGGCAGCCCUGGCCGCCCCUCAGGGACCGCCGCAGCUGAAGCUGUCCCCCAAGGAGCCAAUCCCCAUCGUGUCCCAGAGCAGCGUGCUCAAUGAAGACGGCAGCUUCCAGAACAGCUACGAGAGCGGCGACGGCACCAAGGUGGACGCCGCCGGAGUCCAGAAGGCGGUGGGCCCCAAGGGCGAGGCGGGCACGGCCAUCCAGGGCUCCUACUCCUUCUACAUAGACAACGUGCUCUACACGCUCACCUACACCGCCGACGAGAACGGCUUCCAGCCGCAGGGCAACUACCUGCCCACCCCUCCGCCCAUCCCUGAGAAGAUCCUCGAGGCGCUGGCCUACAACGCCGCGCACCCGGAGGAGGACAACCUCAAGAGGAAGUAGACCACCCCCACCACCACCACCUCCAACAACAACCCCUCUGUGAAUACCUGCGACGGCUCUGCCGGCCGGCGAGAGACCUGCUCGCCCGCUGCGACCAGGCCCGCGCCAUGUACUGUGUACAUAGCAUGUAUAUUACUUUUGUACGAGCUCAAUAAAUGGCAUUAUCAUUAGCA